AUGCUUAGGUCGUUUGUUGGGAAGAUAGAAAAGGGUGUUUCACUACUCUUUGUUCACAGAAGACCACCAUUGAAUCACUUCAAUGAAGCCACAAGAGUGGUGCCAGAUGAUGUUAGGGAAGGAUAUUUUGCUGUUCUUGCAAUAAAGGGUGAAGAAUCCAAAAGGUUCAUUGUUGGCUUACAUUACUUGAAUGAUCCUGCUUUCUUAGGAUUAUUGGAUCAAGCUGAGGAAGAGUUUGGUUUCGGGCAAAAGGGAGCUCUUGCAAUCCCAUGUCAGCCUCAAGAACUACAGAAGAUUCUAGAUGGUCGAAGAGUGUAA